AUGGUAUUUACUCUAGAAAUGGAAUAGGCACAACAACGAUAACAAUGGCGAAGACAGUAGCAAAUCAACAUUACAUGAAUUAAGCUUGAAGUUAGCUCCGCUGUUUAUAGUCUUUUCGGCUAUGUUUCUAUCAUUAAACUCAAGGGUUUGUGUUGAUUAGAGUCCUUGCUUGACGAUUUUCAGUCAUGAUGCUUGUUUUCUGUUGUAGAUCUCUAAGAACUGUGAGAAUUGUAAGAGGUCUUUUGCUGACUAUUAUUGCAGCAAAUGCCAACUCCUGAUUGAUUACCAAGUGGAUCCUUACCACUGCGAUGAGUGCAAAACCUGCAGGUAAUUUGAGUGUAAACUUGCAACUUAUUUAUUUACAUCACCACUCAAAGCAAGAGCUUACUGCAGUUUUGGUCGGAACUCAGUGCUCCAUUCAAACUUCUUCGCAAGGAGUGACCUGAAAUAGAUGACGCAAAAGGAGGUUGUUUGUUGUUCCGAGGGACCGGCUAUGACAAUCUGUUAGAUAAAGCUUGAAAGUGUUAGGCUGUGUUCACCGUAAUUCCCCGUGGUUUGGUUUUUUUUAUUGCAUUUCAUUUUCCAGUCACUUUUGCCCCAAUUUUGGACUACCAUGCUUUUGGUCAUCUCCCGGAGUUGUUGUGCUAUUAUACUCAAAGCACCUAAACGUCUUAAUAUCAGGGUUCUACUUCACGUAUUGUAUCAUUCGAAGAAGUUCUGUUAUUAAAAGCUAAUCAUUAUUAAACGCUUAUUUAAGGGAGAACAAGAAAAAUCAUUUUCAUUGUUCCACGUGCAACGUAUGUAUGGGGAAAACUCUGCAGGAUAACCACCAAUGUUUUCCUGACCGAGGUCACGAUCCAUGCGCCAUUUGUUUGGAGGUCAGUGAUUUCGAAAGCUUAUAUAGAAAAGACUAGUUCUUAAAAGUGUUUCAUCUAUUUCUAUCGCAGAUCCGUCCACAUUAAGUGGAUACAUUAAUCUGACGGGGAGAUCUCUUCCUUCAGUUGAUGCCCAAAAAGUAGCGAGUAUAAUCGGGAAGCUCUUUAUUUUCGAUAGAAAGAUAAACUUCCAAACGAUAUAUUAAUUGAGCUAUGUGUACAUUUCAACUGAACUGGUUAAUUAAAAUUGUAAUUUACACCGAAGAAAGCUACACAACAAGUAAUCAUCAAGUGGUUAGUAAGAAAUGUUACGGAACACCACCAACUUGCCACAACUGAACACUUAGGACAACGACGAGAGCCAAUGGGAUUAACAUUUCUCUGUUUUCUUCAGGAGGUAUUUUCCGGAGCAAUCAUUUUCCCGUGCUUUCAUAUGGUCCACAAAGACUGUGCAAUAAAUCUUGUGCAAUCUGGAAGGUAAUAUAUCUCUUAAAAUUUCCCUAAAAUGCUUUUUAGAUUUUGAGAGAUGUAUUGAACGCGCAUAGAGUUUUGCCCUUAUUUGUCACUAACCCUUUACCCCUAAGGGUGACCAGCAUCUAGUUUUUCCUUACAAUAUCACCACUGAAUUACUUAUUGAUGUCAUGAGAACAAAAGAAAUGACCACCAGCUAGAAAAUCUCCCGAUUAUUGGACAAAUUCUCCUUGUCAGCAUCUCAAUAAAUGUACAGAAAACAGUAUGGAGAAUAUGAAUACUAAUGUUAGGGUGUAAAGGUUUAAGUGGAAACAAAGCGCCUUGUUAUCAUCAUACAUCUUGCCUGUUAAACCUAGGCCACCCUGAAAAUCGUGAGUCUAAACUGAACUUACAAAAGAGUAAAUACUUGGUGUGCAGUAAAAAAAGCACAAUUUCUGAAAGAAAUGCAUGUAGGUAAAAAACACAAAGCAAUAGACGGGAAAAAAACUAUUCGAGAAACCGUGCGUCAUUUUUUGUUGCAAGUGCCAUUGCUAUACAUGUUUAUAUUCUUUAUUUGUUUUUACCCUUACCAUGACUUCAUUAGUGUUACUUGCCCGAUGUGCCGCAGACCAAUUUACGAAGAAGAUCGGGAUGGUGAAGAAACGGCACCUCCCUCAUCCUUUAACCUUCCAUGGAUCAUUUCGAAGUUACCAUCUGGGUUUGGGUCUGGGUUUGGGUUUGGGUUUGGGUCCCGCUCUCGGGAAGAUAGCACGUCACGGCUGGAACAAUCGAUCAAAAGAACAUUCCGAAAUAUUAGCAGAUUUUUCCGUUUCCGGGAACGCAGACCGACGUUUGACUGCCUAAGCGGAAGUCAUCAUCAGCGUCUAGAGAAUGGUUGCUGUUAAUCGUGUGUUAUAAGUCCGGUUUAUGUAAACUAAUUGGUCACUUUAGCCAUAAUGUUGUUGGUCUAAGACUCAAGCGGUGUAACUCGGCAGCUUACAUACUAAGAUUGCAAUUAGUAACUAGUAUUCCAAGACUUAGUUGAUGGUUAUCGGUUUAGGGGCGCCUGGAACCCACGGAAGAGGCUCUUUAUUUUGUGGAUCUUACCUUCCUAUGUAAAGGAUUAAAGAAAUAUGCAGAACGUGAGUGAAAGUCAGAUAAGACGAGACUUCAGUGACUUGCGCGUGCGCAAAACGUUUUUUUUCGCCAUCACAAAACAUGUUAGACAUCACUGAUUAUGUAAAUUACAGUUGGGUUGACACGGUUGCCGCAUUUGAACUCUAAUUACUAAGCGUCGUAAAAAAGCGUGAAACAAAUUUACGCACUGAAUUGAUAUCGUUUCUACCAUUUUAUCACGAGUUUAUCGCUACUUACGACGAUAAGACCCCUGUCGUUACUUAACAAGUUGGUCAUAGGGUCUGACUCAAUUGACCGAAAAAAAAAACUAUUGGAUAACUGUUCUAUAUUACUAAAAUUUCCACUCGGCCUAGGAAUGAGAGAGGGGUUUUUAUGAGGAGUCCAUCGUAAAGAAGUUACUGGUAUUAGCGAAGUAGUCAAAAGGAGGUGCUUUACAUUGUACAUUUCAAAUUGGAUACAGCAUUGAUUUUGUAUUAAGUAAACAAAGUGUGCUGUCAGUUGAGGGCCAUUUGGCAAAUAUAUCCAGAUUAUACACUCGAUUGCAAAAACGUUGACACGCAACAAGCGUUUAUAAUAACCAUAAGUUGGACGUAAUGAAUGAUAAGAGCUAUCCAAACUUUCCCGGAAGAAAACGUUUUAUCAUGAGAAAAGAUUUUUCCAUGAAUAAUGAGAGAAGUAAAUCACUAAUUAUGUAUCUGUGCGAACAUUUCCCAUAAAGGUGUUGGGUCUUGUCGUUCGUGAAUCAAGCUUAUUAGGUGUCAACGUUUUUGCAAUCGAGUGUAUACAAAAGUGAUACGGUUCCUUUUUCAUUUUUGUCUUUUCGAGGUAUGGGUAGUGAAUCAAGAUCAAUUAACCGAUUGAAGGGCCAGUUGACCAUCCUGUCAACUUUUCAGUAGGUUUUGAGGAACCACAGCUGCGUGGUCUCCAUUGACUUUAAAUCGAAUAAAUUAAGAUAGUUGCCUC